AUAAAUAAGGGUCACAACUUUGAAGAAACACACUUUUACGAAUUGACUCCUAGCGAACACAAUAUUUGAGAAAGACUUUUUAUCUUGGAAACACUUAAUUUCAAAAUGGCUCCAGUUGUUGCAGUAAACUCUCCUAACAAUCAAGGAAAAAUGAGCGAAAUCAGAAGGACGUCAAAGCAUAUCAUGGAAAGAAAACGACGUGCUCGAAUUAAUGACAGUCUUCUGCAAUUGAAGGGUCUUGUAUUUCCUGCUAUUAAGAAAGAGGGUAAUGGCCAACCAAAGAUGGAAAAGGCUGAUAUACUCGAAAUGACCGUGAAACACCUCCAGCAACAGAGAGCUGCCGGCUUUCAACAACUGCCAAACGAUGGAUCUCAGUUCAGAGCUGGUUUCAGUGAAUGCAUCGGGGAGAUCUCAAAAUGCCUUGGAGCUUGUGAAGAUAUUGACCUAGAGGUGAAAAUGCGAAUUAUGGGACAUCUAAGUGCCAAGCUGAGUUCGAAAGUCAGCGCACAACCAUGUAGUCCAGUUCUUCCUUCAACUCCACCACCACAAGCUAUCUCAACGCCAUACAUCCAAAGUCCAAUUCAAUCAAUUUCACCUGCUUACAGAGGACAAACCGAAUGUACAGUUCUGCCUCCAAACGUCGCAUGUUACCCGGCCGUAUUCAUCACUCCACCAACAUCCCCAGUCCGCUGCACAGUAUCGCCAACCACUGGAGUUACAUCAGUUAGGCAGCAAUCUUUUGUAAAGCAACAAAUUGUUAGCAACGAACCAGUAUGGAGGCCGUGGUAGAUUGGCAAAAAAAAACGAACAUUUAAUUAUAUCAUGUGCCUUAAGAUGUCUUCCAAUUAAUGAUUAUAUGACCAGGUGUCAGAAUAAAUCAUGUUAUAUCUAGUUAAAAUUUUAAUUUUUUAAAGAAAAUACUUAACUAAUGCAACCUUGCCAAAGGGAUGCCUAAUUUUAACAAUGUUUUAUAUGUAUAAAGUUAUAAAUAAUGAAUUUUAAUGACAAUGUAUUUAAUAUUUGUAUGCAGUUGCUGGUCAACUUAUUUUUUGAAACCGUCCUCAUUGAUUUAAAUGAAUGAAAUAAAUGAUGAAAACUUUAA